CACAAGCUCACGGUGCGGGGAAAAAUCGGGAAGGGGCGGGGCACGUUACGCGGCGUCACAGCGAUGGUUCCAGUAGUCGGAAGUGCAGAGAGACUGCAGAAUUGUAAUACAGCGAUAGGCCUGGAAAAAUUGGAGAAAAUAGGAAAUACAUUAAAAUAAAGCUAAAUCACUGUGAACAUUGGUAUUAUUAAUCACUAGCGGCGCCAUGGCGCUCAAUAAAAACAAUUCUGAGUGCGGUGGUGUUAUUAUCAACAACAGUGAAAGCAUCUUGAUGACAUACGACCAUGUGGAGCUGACCUUCUGUGAAUCUGAAAACAUGCCUGAAGCUUUCAAAGGGACCAAGAAAGGGACUGUUUACAUGACCCCUUACAGGGUCAUUUUCCUGAGCAAAGGCAGAGACCCCAUGCAUUCCUUCAUGAUGCCCUUCUACCUGAUGAAAGGCUGUGAGGUGAAGCAGCCAGUGUUUGGAGCAAAUUACAUCAAAGGGGCUGUGAGCGCAGAGCCUGCAGGAGGAUGGGAGGGCUCUGCUACCUUUAAAUUAAUCUUCUCAGCAGGGGGUGCUAUUGAGUUUGGACAGUACAUGCUGCAAGUGGCAUCACAAGCUUCCCGUGGCCAGGCCCCAUGCGGUGCCUACAUGCCUAAUGGAGCCUAUGCCUACCCUCCACCCCCUGCCAAUGAGAUGUAUGCAGGCCCUCCACCAGACUACCCCUGCCACCCUCCUUCAGCUGGUUUUUACCCUGCACCCCCGACUAUGGAUGGAAAUAUGCCCUACAUGCCCCCACCCCCCUACUCUGGACCACUGGAACAGCCCCCACUGAAUGCAAGCCUCCCCAACACUACAGCAGCUGAAGCAAAGGCAGCUGAGGCUGCAUCGAGCGCCUACUGCACUCCGGCUAAUCCACACAAUGUCUACAUGCCACAGGACCAGCCUCCUCCAUACUCCCCACCAACGGACAAGAAGAAUCAGUAAACCGAAAGGACUGCUGUUCCAACAAAGCCCUUCACUCAUUCUAGCAUUCCUUCACCCCUCUCCCUGUUGGCUGAGCUUGGCUGAGAGGUAUUCCAUGGAACCCCCAAUAAAGCCCUUCACUCAUUCUAGCAUUCAUUCACCCCUCUCCCUAUUGGCUGAGCAUGGCUGAGAGGUAUUCCAUGGAACCCCCUGUCUCUGUUUAGAGUGUCCCUCACAUGUCUGUUGCUGAUAAGAUUGUAGAGCACUUUUCAUUUGUAGAUCACUCUAGCAUGGAUUAGUUCAUGGAAGAAUGUGGCUGGGUUGGAGUGGAUAAGUGUUCACUGAUAUGUCACAGUUUUAAUUGUGUAAUGAAAUUAGGGUGUGCCGAUACUUUCUGAGUAAUUGCCUUUAAGAAGUAUUUGUCGGCAGACUUUAAAUAAAUCCAUUCAUUUAAUAUGUUGAUUUCAAAAUAAGAAAAGCUGACCUUCCAUCACUUUUACAAUUGAGUACCUGUAGAUGGCAAUUAACUUCCACCUUGAGUGUUUUAAAGGCUGAUUGGAAGCGAAUUUUCCUCUCAUCUGGAGCACUGACAUUUUUACUGCUGUGCCAAGGCCAUAAACUCACAAUGAAAAUAUUUUGCAAAACUAGUAAAUGUAACUGAUUCGUCAUGAAAAUGUGACUUCUUUAAACCUAACUCAAGAGCUUCUGCUGUGGAAACUGGGAUUUUUUUGUCGAGUUUAAUCAGAGAUUAAAUCUUGCCCAGGACUACAAUCACACAGAGAUGAAGCAUUUCUAAAGAAAGUGAAAUAAAAAAAUGAUUUCAUAGCAAAAGUAUAAAAGAAAGGUAAAUGAGUUUUAAUUGGUUUUGAUUACGAUAGGCUCUGUAUUAAAUAGCACAGACAGAUUGAUAUUCAAUAAUUGUGUAAAUGAGGGAGAUCAAGGGGCCGCAUUGUUUUGUGUUGAGCAAUUGACAAGUUUUAUUCCAUUUAAUUAAUACCCAACAACUUCGGAUUUCUUAAAGAUAAUUACUUGGUAAAUACAAGUAUUGGGACACCCCUAAAUGAUAUGAUGAAGACAGCACAGCACCUAGGAAGGACCAGACUCAUUGCCUUUUAAUGGCGUGAGCUGGACCAGUUGUAUUACACAUUUAGCAGUUUGCACUUUAAAAUGGCUAUGCAUUGUGUCGACUAAUCCCUUCCUACAGUGUGUAUCCAAAGUGGUAGAAUAUCUCUGUUUUAGGCACUACUAUAAGGCUACUGUUUAUUUAAAAAAAAUAUUAAUUUAUUAAUAUGAAACAUAUGUAGAUGUAUUGUAUUCUAAUUUGUGGAUUAAAUUUUAAUGAGGUGGA